AUGGAGCCUCCGAAUAAGCGUCAGAAGAAGGUCCUCUUUGCAGAGAGCGGCUCAGAAGAUGAAGCCGUUGCAGAGGACUUCAAGCUCAAUGUCAAUAAAGAGUAUGCCAGGCGCUUUGAAUACAACAAGAAGAGAGAGGAGAUGGUACAGCUUGAGAACAAGCUGGGAAAACGAUCACUCUCCAAAAGCAAGCCGUCCGCAGACGAAGAGGAAGAUGAGGAAGAAUCUGACUCUGAGGAUUCGGAGGAGGAGGACGAUGCUGCGGAACUUGUGACUGAGGCCCUCGAUGAGGAAAUCGCUGCUACAUUGCAGGCUAUAAGAUCCAAGGACCCGAAAGUGUAUGACCCGAAUGCGAAAUUUUACACUACCCUAGAUGAGACAGAAAAUGCAGAGGGGAGUAAAUCGGAAACUUCCAAGGCGGAAAAACCCAUGUACCUGAAAGACUACCAUCGUCGGAACCUGCUCAGUGGCCAGGCCGCGGUGGACGACGAUGAAGAGGCUGCGCCGAAGACGUACGCUCAGGAACAGGAAGACUUGAAACGGUCGAUUGUUAAGGAGAUGCACUCAACGGCAGAGAAUGGGGAGCAGGAUGAUGAUGAGGAGGAAGACGAUGGAUUCCUGGUCCGCAAAGAGAAAGUACCCAUGCCCAAGGCUGAUCGACCUACGAUAACAGAUAAAGAUGUUGCUGAGGCGGAUCAAGACCCUGAACUAUUCCUGUCAAACUUUAUGGCAUCUCGUGCCUGGGUGCCUACGUCAAAAUCCAGCUUCCAACCCUUGGAGUCUGACGAUGAAGAGGAAGACAAGAAGGCCGAACAAUUCGAGGAAGCUUAUAACCUACGGUUUGAGGACCCCAAUAAGCUCAAUGAAGUUAUACGCACACACGCUCGUGAUACCACAAACAAGUAUUCUGUCCGAAGGGAAGAGGUCAGCGGCCGCAAGCGCCAACGAGAACUGGAACGGCAGAGAAAAGAGGAGGAGAAGAAGCAACGUGAAGAGGAGCGAGCGAGACUACGAAAACUGAAGAUUGAGGAGCUUGAAGAGAAGCUUGCCAAGAUAAAGCAGGCAGCCGGUGUAAAGAGCAGCGACUUUGCAGAUGAAGACUGGAGCAAGUUCCUUGAUGAAGGAUGGGAUGAUGAGAAAUGGGAGAAGGAGAUGAAGCGGCGGUUUGGAGAUGAGUAUUAUGCUGCGAAUGAGGAAGAGGAUGAAAGUGGUGAUGAGGAGGAGGAGGGCGGCUCCUCGAAGAAGCGCAGGCUCAAGAAGCCUAAAUGGGAUGAUGACAUCGACAUUGGUGACCUUGUGCCUGACUUUGACGAGGAGCUAGACGUGGGCAUCGACAUGGAUGAUGAAGAUGAAGACGAGGAUGCUGAAGGAGAAAGCCAGAGUGGAGGAGGGAAGAAGUCCAAGAAGCAGAUGCUCCAGGACAAGAAAGAGAAGCAAAAGGAAGCCAAACGAGAACGACGAAAGAUCGAGGCUCUGGCUGACAAGUCCCUCGAGCUCGAGCCAUCUCUGCUGCCGGGUUCCUCAAAGAAGUUUGGAGGCACUUUCCGCUACCGUGAAUCGUCACCUGUCUCAUUCGGCCUGACUGCCCGUGACAUCCUGAUGGCAGACGACGCUCAGCUGAACCAGUACGCCGGCCUGAAGAAGCUGGCCAGUUUCCGGGACGCAGAGAAGAAGAAGCGAGACCACAAACGUCUGGGCAAGAAGGCUAGACUGCGAGAAUGGCGCAAGCAGACGUUUGGUACUGAAGAGCCGCCAGAGUUGACUGCUGAGGCUGUCCCUGCCAACAGCACUGGAAAUGCUGACGGGGAGACCCAGGUAGACAUCCGAGAGGGCAGCAGCAAGCGCCGCAAACGGUCAAGGAAGCACUGA